AUGGCGUCGACGUCUGCAUCGCCGACACAGAGAGUGCAAAGCCAUCCACUCGACACGCUGUCGGCCGAAGAUAUGACGACGUUGCCCUGGACACCACGUCUUGGCACGUCGAGAUCGAUGCACAGCCUUCCUUCGCCACCCAGCUCUACGCAAUCCGCGCGCAGUGUGCCGACACCUGGCAAGACUCGCCGCGUUCGAUAUGUAAAGACGCUCCAGGACGCGUCUCCACGGAAUGUGUCUCGCUCCGAGGAUGUCGACCACAUCUUGGCUAUGUGUUACAACGUCAGUAUCGGUCGCAUUCAACGCAUGGCACCCGUACACAAAGAAACGUUGCACGCCAUCGCUGCGAAGGAGCGCAUUUGCAUGGAGCUUCGCGAGGAGCUUGCGCGCGAAGAGGCGCAGCUGGAAGAGCUGCGCUCUGCAUGGAAGCGCAUGACGAUGCGGAUCGGAACGCAUCCACCUGCACAUGUGCCCCAUCGUCGUCCACCGCCCGCCUCUCCGACUGCGCAGUCGACGCGUGAGACGUCGCGGAUCGCAGACCAUGCCAAGGCAGCUGAAACAUGGCCCGAUUGGCGACGCAUACCCUCGCAGCUUUCGAAUCAGUUCCAUGCCAUGAUGGAUCAGUUUCAGACGGCGGACCAUGAUACAGGCCCAUCAUCAUCGCCCACUCAAGACCGCGCUGUGCGUAAGGGCAAAGCUAGGCGGUUUGCCGCCUCUCGUACACACACGCAGGACAUGCUCUCGAUCACAGAUGAACUGCACCCUGACAUCCUGCGUGAAAAGCUGUCGUCAGGCUGGCAUGUGUUAUCACAGCGCCUGCGCGACACCACCGCUUCGUUUGCCGACCUAUCGACGUGGGCGCCAGACGAUCCACCGCCUACAUCGAGCCAAAGCAGCCGAGCAUCCCUGCCUUUUUCUAUGGAGGACACGGCCUUCGGCACGGUCUCUGGCCUCGAUGCCAUGCACCGCGCCGCCACUGCACCCAGCGUCCUGCCUCUUGCGGAGAAGCGGCAUGCCCCGGCCCCAGAAGCACAUCUUCGCAUCGUCUAG